AAGCGGAAGCAGCCGCCGGGUGGGGGCGCGAUGGCGGCAGAGGAGUUCAGCCUGCGGGAGGUCCUCGCCGCGUUCCAGGCCUGCGUGUCGGAGCGGCAGGAGGUGCUGCUGGGCCCCUACCUGUGCGGCUGGAGGGGACUCAUCCGGUUCCUGCACCGCCUGGGAGCCAUCUUCGCCUUCGUCUCCAAGGACGCCGUGGCCAAGGUGCAGAUCAUGGAGAGCUACUGCGGCGGCGAGAGGCGGGAGCAGUACGUCUCGCUGCAGGCCAUGGUGCAGUACGAGCUGGCCGCCGGGCUGGUGGACUUGCAGAAGCGGAGCGGCCGCCCCGACUCCGGCUGCCGCACCGUGCUCCGCCUCCACAGGGCCCUGCGCUGGCUGCAGCUCUUCCUGGAGGGGCUGAGGACGGCCCGGGAGGACUCUCGGACGUCUGUCAUCUGCACGGACUCCUACAACGCAUCCCUGGCCGCCUACCACCCCUGGGUUAUUCGCAAGGCUGCCACGGUGGCCUUCUGUGCCUUGCCGACCCGAAACGCCUUCCUGGAGAUCAUGAACGUGGGCACGCCCGAGGAAGCCGUGGCCAUGCUGGGUGAGGCCUUGCCCUACAUCUGCAACGUCUACAGCAUCACCCAGGAGCUCUUUGCCCAGCAUCAGCUGCUUGACCUUCCUUGACAGGGGGGACACUAAAGAGCCACAUUCUGCUGGAUGAGCAGGGUGAGAAGUGGCUCUUCUCGGGGGCACACAAGCGUCAGGCUCUGGGGCUGCAGUCACUCUCCCGGGCUGCAGUCACUCUCCCUUCAGCAGCAGGGAGCUGAGACCUUGGCAAAGCUACCCAGGGUGCCUCACCUGGAGAGAGCAAAACCUGCACCAGUUGGUUUGUAUUCCUGUGCAGAGCUUUGGCUCUACACUAAGAGGAGCACUACUGUUUAGCGUGCUUAAGGGAUUUCUUUUUUCCUGCCUGGAUUCACCUCCUGCUCCCCCCCAGCCAGCCUGGGAGGAGGGAGGUUGAUUGCAUUUUUUAAGCCAAACUACCCUCCUGUGUUUACACCAAGAGCCAGGACCUGUGUGCCAGCCCAGCUUUGGGAUGUGGUGCCUGAACACAUCUACCCUUGAGCUCACUUUGCCACUUUUGUUUACAGCCUGUUCCUGGAACACAGCCAGGUGGUCUCACCCUCUGUCAUGCUUUAACUUCUCAAACACAAGCCUGAGGAGGGAGCUUGUGAAAGGCUUCCCCUCGUGGUCACAGACUCAAUGACUGCUGCUAAUCCUGUGUCACUUAGAAUUCCAGGAGGUGGUGGUGGUCCAUGGCAUUACUGUAAGGGACCAUUCUUCCUUCCUGCAUUAAGCAAAGCCUUCCUUUAUGGCUACAAGGCCACAAAGCCAUGGAGCUCCCUGUUACUCUCUGCUUUGUGUGUCCUGGGAUGUGGGGUUUUUUUUGCACUGCACAAUCCAGUCUCUCCAGCUAAAGCUGCAGGCUGCACCUUCGCCUGGUUUCCAGCCAUGCUUCUGAUGCUGUUUGCAGAGUUUCUCUGUCUGUGAAUGUAUCGAGAGGCUUCUCUGAGGAGAAAUCUGACCUUGUACUGUCAGUCACUGCUUUGUGAAGCUUCUGUUGCAGUUCACUCCUGUGUAGCAGCUGCUGUAUGUGUAUGAAGAUACAGGCAGCCCAAAGUACCUAAAAUAGGGUUUAUGUAGCUUUAGGAGCUGCCAAAGUGCUGUGUGUGAAUGUUGAGGGAGGAGGGGAGAACCCACGGGCUGGGAGGUGUUUUGAUUGUGUCUCUGCUGGGUGCAUUUGGGGCUCAUGUAAUGCUGUCUGACCCAGGAAGAAAUUACCUCACAGAGCUCACCUCAACUGGACAUUAAAUUAUGUGAAGAACUCA